AUGUCGUACAAAGAUUACGAUGUACGGGACCAAUACUCAACCCGCCGGCGGCACCACUCACCAGCCUACUCCGACUUGAGCGUCGGAAGUCCAGGGUACAGCCCGACAAGGGAUGCCGGCGCUGCCCACGUCGCACACCAGCACUACGAGCCUCCCGAUCGCAGAGGCCGCGUCGAAGUCUACGAAGAAGAUAGAUACAAACCAAGAAUUAGAGACUAUCACUACGAAGAGAGGCGUCCACGAUCGCGACCAAGAUCCGAGGUCUACGACUCCGACCGCAGCCAUCGUAGCCACAGGGAUGGGCACCAUCGCCACCACAGCCACACACACAGCAGAAGCAAACGGAGGCAUUCCACCUCCGGGCCCAAUUGGGGUCAGGCCGCUGUUGCAGCUGCUAGUGCCGGUAUCAUUGAGGCGGGUCUGGCGCGGCAUGACAGGGACCGAACGGCAAGAGUGAUGACGGCGGCGGCGGGAGCCGGGGCGAUUGACGCCGUCGCUGGGAAGCAUGGAGAGAAGCCGUCUAGGACUUGGGAGAAUGUUGUCGGAAGCACUGUUGGCGGCUUGGUAGUUGAUCCUCACGAUCUCCGAAGUCCGCAACUGGCCGCCAUCCGAUCCAUGUCGCUUCUCGGUCUCCUCGCUGCUGCCGGCCUCUGCCAGGCCCACACCAUCUUCGUCUCCCUCGAGGCCGACGGCGUCAACAGCGGCGUCUCUCAAGGCAUCCGUACCCCGGAGUACGACGGUCCUCAGACCGACGUCACGUCCCAGUACAUCGCCUGCAACGGUGAUCCGAACCCGACAAAGUCAACCGACAAAGUCAUCACCGUGACAGCCGGGUCAACAGUGACAGCCGUCUGGCGCCACACCCUGACCAGCGGGCCUGAGGACGUCAUGGACGCCAGCCACAAGGGACCAACUCUUGCCUACAUGAAGAAGGUCACCGACGCCAAGACCGAUCCCGGUACUGGCGCGGGAUGGUUCAAGAUCCAGGAGGACGGGCUGAGCAGUGGUGUCUGGGGAACGGAGCGCGUCAUUGGUAAUGCUGGGAAGCAGGCUAUUACUAUUCCCAAGUGUAUUGCCAACGGACAGUACCUUCUCAGAGCUGAGAUGAUUGCCUUGCACGGCGCCAGCUCCUACCCGGGUGCACAACUGUACAUGGAGUGUGCUCAGAUUAAUGUCGUUGGCGGGACCGCGGCCAAGAGCCCGUCGACUGUCAGCUUCCCUGGUGCUUACAAGGGAUCCGAUCCCGGCAUCACAAUCAACAUCUACUACCCCGUUGUCACGAACUAUACGAUUCCAGGACCCGCGAAGUUCGCUUGCUAA